UGGGGUCCGGGAGAAUGCGCCUCAGUUCCUGACCUCCUGGCACGGACUCGGACGCACCAGGAGGUGCAUGUGACCCGCUGAGACGCGCACGGCUCCGCCCGAGGAAACAGCUGCGAAGGGUCCUCCAGCCCUGGCAGUGCCCGGCGGGCGGGCGGAUGCCGGCGGGAGUCAGGACCAGCCCCCCUGGAGUGCGGCGAAGGACAGACGCCACCGGAGGCACGGCUGCCAGCCGCUCGCGUGACUGCGGAGAUGGUCUGUGCGGCGCCGGAAACGUCUCUCGUCUUCUGACAGCGGCUGUGGAACCAUGGGGUCGAGCAGCCUCGGGAAGGCAGCCACCCUGGACGAGCUGCUGAGCGCCUGCAUCGAGAUGUUCGAUGACCACGGAGAGCUCCACAACAGCUACCUGCCAAGAAUCGUUCUCCUGAUGCAUCGGUGGUAUUUGUCUUCCACCGAGUUGGCAGGGAAGCUUCUCUGCAUGUAUCGAAAUGCCCGCAAUGAGAACGGCGACGAAUUCCGACUCAAGAUCUGCUACUUUAUGAGGUACUGGAUUCUGACGUUUCCUGCCGAGUUUAACUUGGAUCUGGGUUUGAUCCGUAUGACGGAGGAAUUUCGGGAAGUGGCUAGUCAGCUGGGAUACGACAAACACAUCAGUCUCAUCGACAUCUCCAGCAUUCCUUCCUACGACUGGAUGAGGCGAGUCACACAGAGGAAGAAAGUGUCCAAGAAGGGGAAGGCCUGUCUGCUGUUUGACCAUCUGGAGCCCAUUGAGUUGGCCGAACACCUCACUUUCCUGGAACAUAAAUCUUUCCGAAGGAUCUCGUUCACGGAUUACCAAAGCUACGUCAUCCACGGCUGCCUGGACAACAACCCGACCUUAGAGCGGUCCAUCGCUUUGUUUAAUGGGAUCUCCAAGUGGGUGCAGCUGAUGGUGCUCAGCAAACCCACCCCCCAGCAAAGGGCAGAAGUCAUCACCAAGUUCAUCAACGUUGCCAAGAAGCUCCUUCAGCUCAAGAACUUUAACACCCUCAUGGCCGUGGUGGGAGGCCUGAGCCACAGCUCCAUCUCUCGCCUCAAGGAGACGCAUUCCCACCUUUCCUCAGAGGUGACAAAGAGCUGGAACGAGAUGACAGAGCUGGUCUCUUCCAACGGCAACUACUGCAACUACCGCAAGGCCUUCGCAGACUGCGACGGCUUCAAGAUCCCCAUCCUCGGCGUCCACCUGAAGGACCUGAUCGCCGUCCACGUCAUCUUCCCCGACUGGACGGAGGAGAACAAGGUGAACGUGGUGAAAAUGCACCAGCUCUCCGUCACCUUGAGUGAGCUGGUGUCCAUGCAGAAUGCCUCUCACCACCUCGAGCCCAACAUGGACCUCAUCAACCUGCUCACGCUCUCGCUGGACCUCUACCACACGGAAGAUGAUAUCUACAAGCUGUCACUGGUGCUGGAACCAAGGAAUUCCAAAUCGCCUACCUCCCCGACAACGCCCACCAAGCCCGUGGUGCCCCUGGAUUGGGCGUCAGGAGUGAUGCCGAAGCCAGACCCCACGGUCAUCAACAAGCAUAUCAGGAAGUUAGUGGAGUCCGUGUUCAGGAACUACGACCACGACCACGACGGGUACAUCUCCCAGGAGGACUUCGAGAGCAUCGCAGCCAACUUCCCCUUCUUGGAUUCCUUCUGCGUGCUGGACAAAGACCAGGACGGCCGCAUCAGCAAGGACGAGAUGAUGGCGUACUUCCUCAGAGCCAAGUCCCAGCUGCACUGCAAGAUGGGGCCCGGGUUUGUCCACAACUUCCAGGAGAUGACCUAUCUCAAGCCCACCUUCUGCGAGCACUGCGCAGGAUUCCUCUGGGGCAUCAUCAAGCAAGGAUAUAAAUGCAAAGACUGCGGAGCCAACUGUCACAAGCAGUGCAAAGACCUGCUGGUCCUGGCGUGCAGGAGAUUUGCCCGGGCACCGUCUGUGGGCAGCAGCCCCGGCUCCCAGCCUGGCAGCCCUUCCUUACCCCCAGCACAGGAUGAGGUGUUUGAGUUUCCAGCAGUCGCGGCCGGACACCAAGACCUGUAUGGCCGAGCCAUCACGCUGGUGACAGGCUCUUCUCGGAAGAUCUCCGUGAGGCUGCAGCGCGCCACCACCAGCCAGGCGACGCAGACAGAGCCCGUGUGGUCGGAGGCUGGCUGGGGCGACUCGGGCUCCCACACCUUCCCCAAAAUGAAGUCCAAGCUCCACGACAAAGCCGCAAAGGACAAAGGCUUCGCCAAGUGGGAGAAUGAGAAGCCCAGGGUGCAGGCCGGCGUGGACGUGGUGGACCGCGCCACUGGCUUUGACCCUGAGCCCGAGGAAGAGGACACGGGUGAGACCAGGCAGGAGGCAGAGGAUGGCUGACUUCGGGCUGACGCUGGAGGCAAUAACGUUGGCGCAAGGAAGGAGCCAGAUGAGAGACUCAAAAGACACUGCAACCCUCAGGAAAUUACUCAGUGUUUACUGCCUCGGGAUGCCGUGAGAUUGCCCGGAUCUGACUCGGGGGCAGAGGCUGUGCCCAGUGAAGUAUUUAUUUCCUGAAAGGAGCUGUGAAGACUGAGUAGUUAUGUAGUGGGUAGUUUCUGUCUUUCUGCAGAACCACUGAUGGGCAACACGGGUGAAACAAAAGCAUUUGUGUAUGUCCUAGACGCCCGUCCUCCAAACUCAGAUUUGGCUGUUUUGUGAGACUGUUAUUGUGAUAUUUUUCAUAAACAUCGGCCGUGAGGGAUGUUCCCAAGAGUCAACUUAGAGGUGUCUCGUGUGUUCUUCAGAUGGCACCCUGACUUCACCUUUCCUCGGCGCAGAGCAGUUCUGGGGCGACGGGGAUGCGGCACUGUGCGUGACGCCCCUCUGCUGUGCGGGGAAGCUGUUCACAUCGCUCUGGCCAGGCCGUGGUGUUUGGAAACUUGAUGAACGACCCAUACAUGCACAUUCCCUUGAGUCUUCCCAAGUUUGCAACUCGGAAACUAGGACACAGCCAUGACAGUUCUCCUGCUCGUCCUCCUGCUACUCCUCAAGAAAUGCCUUUCUUCUCUUUUUUCCACUGGAGAACCGAGGACAGAUCCUGGGCAGAUCCUGUGCUGGAGGCAGAGUCAUGAGUCAUGCUUUGGCACGUGCGCUCAGGGUCUAUCGCCCAUGGCACUGAGACAAGAUGGGUCCUUUGAUAUGGUUUCCAAAUGGACUGAUUUCACUGGGCCACGUGGGUUGAGAAAUGGUCUUGCAGAGACAGUGCCAGUAAAAAAAAAGAGUAUUGGCCAAGGGAGCCAUGAUUAGUUACAUGUCAGGAGAACUUACUGUUGGCAGGCAUCGCUAAAGGCCAACACCAUCCCUGGCCGUGGUUCCAUGUACGCCCACUAUAGACUCAUAUUUGUAAAUGCUGUGGAAUAACUUAGCAACAUUAAAAACAGAAAACAGACGUUGAAGUACAAGAAAACUCUCGUGUGCACGUGUGUGUACAUGUAUGUUUGUGUGUUUGCAUGUGUGUCGGUGCAGGGCGGCAUGGAACCCAGGGCUUCACUCAUGUAGGGGGCAUGUGCUACCAUCAGGGCCCCACAACCUGGCUCUUGUGCUUUUGCUUUUACUUUUGAAUUUAAAAAAAAAAUUGGGAAGGAUCUUGUUAAAAGCAUCAGAAUUUAAGAAAAUUUGGACGAAACUUGUUAAAAAAUACCAGGCUGUGCUUUUUCUUCUCAAAGCAAUUAUUUCAUCUUUUACUUAGUGGGGGAAACUACUUACAGUCUCCACCUAUAAGAGAUUUAUGUUGUCAACUUUCCUGUGACUAUAUUAAAUGGAGGCAAAGACCGCCCAAAAGAAAACAGACAUGCAUGUAUAUAUAUAUAUGGCUUGUAACAAUUUGUGUUAACAUGUGUAGUUCCUAUUGCUA